AUGGCCUCCCCCUCUUCCAGGGAGCCCAGCCGGGCCAGCCUGCCCCCUCCUCCUGCAGCCACCCCAGGCCCCGCCGCCCCCCAGGAGCCCCCUUUCCCGGACAUCUACGGAGGGGACGCACAGCUCUGGGAGGCGCACUUCCGCGGCAUCGGGCGCGCCUACCUCGCGCUGGGCAAGGAGGACGACUUUGCCAUCCGCGUGCUCACCGAGGACUUCACGCUGCCCUUCCCGUUCGCCUGGCCGCCUGGGCCCGACCCCGCCCACGGGCCGCUCUUCUACGACCCGCGCGACCGCACGGGCUUCGACUUCCUGCUGCGGGGCCCGGGCGCGCCACCCCCCGCGCUGCUGCGGCCCCUGCACGCCACGGCGCAGGCGGCUGUGCGCAAGCGGCGCCUGGAGCAGCUGGCGCUGCGCUAUGCCAACGCGGGCGCCGGGCAGCGCCCCGGCCUGGUCCUGCUCGCGCCGGGCCCCGCUCCUGCCGCCUUCACGGGGCCCCCGGGGCCCGAGGCCACGGCACCCGGAGGCGGACCCCCUAGGCUGGGCUAG